GCUGUUGCUGGACCAGAUGGCGGGCUCCGACGUGCGAAAAGCCAAGUGCACUGUUCCCGCGGACCGGGGGGCCAUCGAGCAGCAAGUGAAAGAGCUCUUCAAGGAGGAACAUCGGCCAAUGGCUUGGCUCGCCGAGGGUGUGGACGAGGGGGAGGUAAGCCUCGACAACCGACUGAACCGGAUGUGGCUGGAUCCCCUUGACAGCUUCAAUGCCUAUAUCCGGGGCACUUUGCGCGAGAACGUGAUCACGCAGAUUGGCAAGGAGCCUGGCUCGUUCCCCGAUCCUGAGAAGAAUGGUGCUCGCCAUUGA